AUGAGUGAUUUUUGAGAUUUUAAUAUCUCGCGAAGGAAACAUUCUUUUGAGCUAAAAUUUUCGGGGCAUUCUGCUCACAACUAGAUCUAUCUAUGGGCAAAAUCUCAACCCGAAAUAUCGUCAUUCGAUAUUUUGGUAAAUACCAUGCCAUAGGCUGUAAUUUCAGUAAAAUCCCUGUAACUCUGAACAGAAGGCCUAAGGGCCGUUAUCCUUUUGGAGUUUUUUAUACUUCACUGGGGUUUACCUUAUGCACAGGGUCCGAACUCAAAAGCGAUUGGACAGUUGGGGACCUUCCCUCGUAAGUUUGAUCUUGAGUUUUGUGAUCUAAAAAUGCACAAGGAGAAAUAGACGAUGCUGAAGUCAGUCAACAAGAGUGCAUAGAAGUUACCUUCUCAUUUUGAUAAGUAGUAACGGCGAUGAAUGAAGCCAUAGGAAAUAUUCGCGAGUGAACGAGCAAAUUUGCUUGACCCGAUGAUUGAUGUUGCAGAAUUUGAAUUUGAGGCUCAUACUUGUGCAUUGGUUUGAGAGCAAUCUAGAGGGUGUGGGUGGGGUGUGGGUGUGGGUGGGUGUGAGUGUGGGUGUGGGUGUGGGUGUAGGUGUGGGUGCGGGUGUCGGUGUGGGUGUAGUUAUGCAUCUUACCUUCAUACAACACACACGCUCACACCCACACCCACACCCACACCCACACCCACCCACACCCACACCCUCAACAUUUCACAAUUAUUAAUUACCGUUAUCAUAAUGAUACGAUUGAAACAUCAUCUGAACUUGGUUUACAAACUCGAAUCUUAAAAGUGAAAUAUCAGAUUUUUCAUAAAACAGUAUUAUCUGGAAAUAAUGGUAUCUUAAAAAAUAUUGACAAGGAUUUACUCGACCAUUUGUUGGAUCGUCUUGUUCGACGAGGUAUUUUGAAAAAAGGAAAUUGUUUACAAUCAGAAAGAUCGAUUAAGUACGAAUCGUACAUAAAAUAUUUACCAUGUGCUUUAACUGAACAGCAACAGUUAUCAGUCCAAUUGAAAAAGCAUGAUAUCUCUUACGAAGAAUAUUAACAAUUAUUUCAAGAAAGCGAAAUUUCACCUCCAUCAACUCGAGUAACUCCAUAUGGUAAACUCGAAUUAGAAAAACAAAAUAUGGUUUUUGGCGAUACUCAUGAUGUCCAACGGCAACAAUCUUCUGCAUCACAAGAUAGUGGAACACAAAGUGAACGCAAUCAAAAUACUACCAAUAAGGAUCAUUCCAGUUUAAAUGUACAUGUUCCACAGCAACAAUCCAAUGAAUUGGAAUUACUUGCAAAUCAAAAUUCUUUGUCUUCAAAUCUUGUUCGAGAAAUUGAAUCGUUACAAAGUCCAAACUCAAAUCGUGAAAAAAUUUCCAACGAACAAUUUCUAAAUUCUUCGUCAAUGUCAUCAACUUCAUUAUCUUCAACAUCUCAAACAAUUACAUUUGAUCCAGUUGCAGCAUUGGCAAAUCCUUCAUCGAUACCAAAGCAUAUUCUAGAUAAAUGUAAACAAUUUCUUUUAUCCAGUUCACCUGUAAUUACACGAACAUGCUGGAACCGACGGUUUGGUGGCAAUGCCAAUGUGUGCUAUCAAGCAACACAAUUAUUACUAACAGCUGAUUUAUUGAUGGAAGGUCAAUUAAUAGUAUGUUCAACAAAAUCUUCUACUAAUUGGAUAAAAAAAUUACCAACUGAUCCAACAAAUACAACAACAACCUUGAGCUUUCAACAAAACAAAUUAAAUAUUUUUGGAAUAACAUGGAAUCAAUAUGUUUCAUCUUUUCAACAACUGGAAUUUGGUCAUAGUCGUUCAUCAGGUUUGAUAUCACAAGCUGCAGCAACAAUUCUUGGUUCUAAACCAUAUCUUGAUAUUGGAUUUAUCUUGGAUGAAACAAUUAUUUUUGAAAAAAAGGAAAAAAAAACAUUUGUAGCCCAUCGACAAGAUCAAACAGAACCAGCAAAUUUAAGUUUAACAUCAGUUCAAGAUAUCCAUCUGACUUCGUUUUCAGAACAAGAAAAUUCAAAUGCAAUACAUACAGAUUCAACAGCAUCCAUUGUUACCCAAUCUUUACCAAUUAGUGAUACAUCUAAUAUUUUAAUACAAUCAACAUUAUUUAGUUCAGCACCUAUUGAAACAUCAUUCAAUAACCCAACAUCAAAUGCACCAUCAACACCUAAACGAACAAGACGUGAAUUAAGUCCUAUGAAAACCAGAUCAAAAACUCAACGUCUCGAUAAGUGCGAUGAACAAUAA